GCUCAGCUGUCUGCCAAAGGCGUGAUUGGACGUGAUGAGCUGGGUUCGAGGAAUACCUUUGUGUGAUAUGGCCUGUCGACGCCGUCCCUUUCAACAGACCGAGAGGCAUUCCUCACAGACACCGAGGCCACGGAGAGGAACGUAUUCAUCUGACAUUCUGUUUUAUUCCCGCUGGGUAGUUUCACACUAACUUCAUCAGCUGCUUAUUUGAUGUUGGAAUUAUGACGGUGAACACAGACAAGGUGCAUGGUGGAAUGGACUUUAUUGACCUCCUGAUCAGGAACCCGGAGGAAACCGCCGGUUGCCACAGCAACCCAGCAUGUACCAUCACAAUUCAUGAAGCCCUGAGCCCCGGAGGAAGUGCUGUCGUUGACUUCCUGGACGCCCUGCUGGGUGGGAGCGACUCCUCCUCUGCCUCGGCGUCCUCCAUGUGGUCCCCCUGCACCACUGACAGCGGCAUCAACGAGGACGCGCCCGCGGGCCCCAGAGAGAGGCUCCGCCCACCCGUCUGCUCAGCGCUUCCCGCCUUUGACACGCAGUCUUUCCCUCGACCUCAACCUCCGGAGAGCCACUCGCCGCCGUGUGAAGGAACAUCUGACGUUUCAAUUGAUCUAGGCUGGGAGUCCGAUGACCUCCAAGAGCCUUUUGGCAUCGUCCACUACCAGACUACCAGUCAAACGUCCACUCAAACUCUCACAGUGAAGGACCUGCUGCUCUCCAGUCCGGGACAGAAAGUAAGGACAGAAGACUGGAUAUUCCUGUCAAAUACGCAGCGAAUUGCCCAGUAUUCUCCAGGGGAGCUUGUCCUCAAUGAGGAUGAGAAGAAGCUCCUGGUUAAAGAAGGGGUGAACUUACCCAGCAAACUGCCCCUGACCAAGUUUGAAGAAAGGCUUUUGAAGAAGAUCCGGCGGAAAAUCCGCAACAAGCACUCGGCUCAAGAAAGUCGCAAGAAGAAGAGGGAAUACGUUGACAGUUUGGAGGGAAGGAUGUCUGCAUGCGGAGCUCACAACCUCAAGCUGCAGAGAAAGAUCCAGCAGCUGGAGGAGGCAAACCAUGAUCUACUGGAGCAGCUGAGCCGGCUCCAGGCUCUCCUUCCUCACAGCUCCAGCAAAACAACGCACAGAGGGACCUGCCUCCUGAUUUUGCUCCUGUCUUUCUCCCUGCUCAUUUCCUCAAAUCUCCUGCCGGACCCCUACAGCCAAUCCAUCCAGGGGGAGUACACACAUACCAAAGUGCCGUCCCGCGCCCUGCAGUCGAUGGAUGAAGUGCGAGACGGCGCUCCCGUUCCUCUCCUCUCCGUCUCCAGAGGCUUUGAGGCUCUGAACAUAUCUCCACGUGUUAGACUUCCCUUCAUCUCGCCCUCAGGAUCACGGGAGAGGAAAGACGCGGCAUCCAAAUGAGCAAUUUGGUGGCUUUUCAACACGUGCUUCUGUCUGCAGACUGAGUGAAGUGUGGAGGUCAGCGAGGAGGUCAUCCAAACGCGUGUCAUUGCUCGUGCUGCUUUGGAAAACAGCCUCGGGGGCCUGCAGGAUGGAGACGUGUAUGAUCUGCUAAACAACGCAAAUGUAUAUCUACUGCUGUAUUUUACUAUUUACCUUUAAAGUAUAUAUUAAGAAAAUGUUUAUUAAAAAAAUGUGCAGUUUGUAACACUUAGUUUCACUAGUUUGAAACGCUGACAAAGCACAAGAAAAUUUAAAUGCUGACUCAAGUGGUUUUUGGAAGCCCCUGAAGGGAUCUGUUGCUUUCAGUAAAGCCACAUGUCAAUUUUAGAUGAGGUUUUCAUCCCAAAAAUAAUGAGGCAAUAUGUAAAAAAAAAAA